AACGGUAGAUUGAGGGAGAAAAAAAAAAAGAAGAGAGAGAGAGAAAUGAAGCAUAUUUUCAAGAAGCUACACAAAGGCCAUAAUCAGGAGCCUAAUCGAACCAACGAGACGCCACCGCCGCCGUCUCCCUCAUGUGCCACCGAUCAUCAACGUACCAUGUCCGGAAACUCCCUGACGAGUCCCUCCACGUCAUCGCCUGCUCCGGCUACUGUUCCGACGAGCUUCGGGAACACUACAGCAGCGUCGACUGUGUCGGCAAGUAAUGGUACUGAUUACAUGUUGUCGGAGGAGGAGUUCCAGGUUCAGUUAGCUCUAGCGAUCAGCGCAUCGAAUUCGGAGGAUCCCGAGAAGGAUCAGAUCCGCGCGGCGACUCUGCUGAGCUUGGGGGGCCAUCAUCAGAUGGAUACAGGCGGGGAUAGGGAGGAGGUGCCCGCUGAGGAUUUAUCGAGACACUAUUGGGAGUACAGUGUGCUUGAUUACAAAGAGAAAGUGGUUGAUGGUUUCUAUGAUGUGUAUGGGCCUUCCACGAAUUCAGUACUCCAAGGAAAAUUGCCAUCUCUUGCAGAUCUUGAGACAAAUCUUGGGAAUUAUGGCUUUGAAGUUGUGAUUGUCAAUCGAACAAUUGACCCUGUCUUAGAAGAGUUGGUGCAAAUUGCACAUUGUAUUGCAUUAGAUUGCCCUGCUAGUAAUGUUAGUGUCUUAGUCCAAAAGCUUGCCGAAUUUGUUGCAGGCCAUAUUGGUGGACCUGUUAAGGACGCUAACAUAAUGUUGGCAAGGUGGAUGGAAAGGUGCAUGGAAUUGAGAACAUCUCUUGAGACAAGUUUAUUGCCUAUUGGUUCCAUUAAUAUAGGAUUGUCUCGGCAUCGUGCUUUACUUUUCAAGGAGGUUGCUGUGAAGAAAUUCCUAGACCAGGAUUUCUCAGGUGCUGCUUUGGCUGAAUUCAAAAGAGAAGUAAGUGAAGAGUUAAACUCAGGAUUUCUGUUUUUAGUUUUGUCUCCAAAUGAUAGAAACUUGUAUUGCAAGAUGCUUUUAGUUUUUCUAUUGUCUUUCAUCUAGAAUGCAAGACAUAUGCAAGUUGAUGAAAAGAAAGGGACAUGUACAAGCUCAGGAAGGGCAUAAAUGUCUGGUAUGAGCUUGUGUUAAUGACUUUUGAACCAGGCGAACUGAUUGACUUUGGAUAUUUGUUUUCCUCUUCAAUUUAAGGUGUGGAUAAUGUGUAGACUGCGUCAUCCAAAUGUUGUUCUUUUUAUGGGUGCUGUUACUCAUCCUCCAAACCUCUCUAUCAUCACUGAGUUUCUUCCAAGAGGAAGCUUGUAUAAGAUUCUUCAUCAUCCUAAUUGUCAAAUUGAUGAGAAGCGUAGAAUAAAAAUGGCUCUUGAUGUGGCAAGGGGUAUGAAUUGCCUACGCACCAGCGUUCCCACAAUUGUUCACUGGGAUUUGAAGUCACCAAAUCUUUUGGUUGAUAAAAACUGGAAUGUCAAGGUUUGUGAUUUUGGGUUGUCACGCUUAAAGCAUAAUACCUUCCUCUCAUCAAAAUCAACUGCAGGAA